GUUCUCAACCACAUUUUGGACUAUAGAAAUUUUAUCCACAGACCAUAUAUAUAAAUAUCAUAAAGAGUGAACAAAAAAAGACAGGAAAUUCCGUUUAAAAAAACAGAUGGAAUUAACUACAAUUUCACAGUCUCUUUCUUAUGCUAAUCUCCCAAAACUAUCAUCUCUGUUCCAUUCUAGAGCUACCCUUUGUUCUUCCAAUUCCAUCAAUAUUCUUGGAUUUAAUUGCAUACCCAGAAAGCUAAAAUGCAAUGCAAGGCAACUGAGGCAAUUUGGAGCUAUCUAUGCUUCUUUGGCUGAGAGCAAUUCAACAAAUGUUUCUGUUACAUGGCUUCUUGAAUUUAUAGGUGAUGGAGACGCAAGACACAUCGGUUCUCCAACUGCAAAGCCGGGCUCUCUUGAAAUACCUUCGGCCGGUGCAGUUACUGUCGGACGUCUUGCUGAGAAGGCAGAUAUGGUCAUUCCGGUGCCUACAGUAUCUGCUGUACAUGCUCUGCUACAAAGCAUGGAGGAGUAUCUUGUAGUGACAGAUUUAGACAGCACGAAUGGCACGUUCAUCGGUGAGAAGAGGCUCAGACCUGGUGUGGCUGCUGCUGCAUUACCUGGAAGUCUCUUGACAUUUGGGGACACCAAUUUGGCGAUAUUCCGGGUAGCAAAGUUUGAGAAGAUGGAAACUCCAUCUGAACCAGAGGAAGUUGAAGCUAAUACAGAGGAAGAGGAGCCAAGUAGCAGCUAAAAGAUCAGGGUUCUUAUUAUCUGCAAUAAUUUUGUAAACGCGGCCGGCCCUUCCCCGGACCCUGGUGAACGCGAGAUGUCUUGUGCACCGUGCUGCCCUGUUUUUUAAAAUUUUGUAAACAGAGGAAAUUUAUAUAUGUGACUUAAGUUUUGUUUCUUUUUCUUUUCUACUAGAAGACUACUGUGUCAUUCUGUAACAUUUAUAGAAAAUAUGAUUUGCCUUUUUUA